GAGCAUGACUGCGAUGGCAACUGGGUGGACGCUUUGCCCAUUCAUCUUUGAGGAGUAACUGGCCCGAGAGGGAGUGGCUUGGCAGAGUAUAUCAAAAAGAAGCGUGCCUCCCAGCAUUUUCCACCCAAGACCUCUUCGCCCACUCCACAGUCCAUUCUGGAAAGAUGUCUGGGGCAUGGCGAGCUCAGCUUUUCCUCCUGUGUCUCAUGCCAGGUAAGGGCUCGCGUCAAGGGUGACCACCCCCUCUAAGGUGGUAUAUGUCUUUUGUAUUGCAUGGACGUAUAUUGAAAGUGAAGCAGGAGUUGUUCCCAUGAUCUUACCUGUAUUUAAAUCUCCCCGCACUUCUCUAGCCAUGUUGCCAGCGGUGAGGAUCAAUGCCAAAGGACGGGAAGUGAUCUACUUGGCCAAGGGUCAGUCGGCCCGGUUGGUCUGUCCCUACGAGCUGGAGGCCCACGAUGACGGUCCGGACAGUCUGGACAUCGAAUGGACGCGCAUGAACUCCGAUCCGACCAGUCUAGAUAAUGUGAUCCUCAGCUACCACGACCACAAAGUGAUCUAUCCCGGCGAGCAUUACGUGCAGCAAAGAGGGAGCUUUGGGGCCCGGGAGACAGCGCAGCGGGUGAGUGGCUUCCACGUGGCCAAGGAGAGCUCCGUCCGGCACCCUCUGGGCCCGGUGGCCGAGUGCUGCUCCGGUUUGCAGCAGCGCAUCAACUUUGCCAUCCCCGACCCCAGCCAGUACGACGCGUCCAUCAACCUGCAAGACGUUCAGAUUUCCGAUUCCGCCACCUACGAGUGCAAGGUGAAGAAAACCACGCUGGCAAGCCGCAAAGUCACCAUCAUGGUGCUUGAGAGGCCUUCGGUUCCCAAAUGUUCCAUCACGGGCAAAGUGUCUUUGGGCCACGAAGUCACGCUUUGCUGUGCCGCGGACGCCGGCAACUCCCCUCUGGCCUACCAAUGGUCCCGGGUGGCCGGCCACCUCCAUGGGAACACCAUCUCGGCUUUUGCAACCAAAGGUGUCCAUCCUGGUGACAUCGUCAUUAAGAACCUCUCGCGUGAACAUGUCGGCCUCUACCAGUGCAGCGUGGCCAACAAAGUUGGAUACAGCCAAUGUGUCCUGGAGAUCAGUCUAGCCGACGAUUCCAACCAGUUGGUUGUUGUAAUUGGUGCUGUCCUCGGCUCGCUGCUGUUCUUGAUCCUGCUCCUGUGUCUCACAAUGUGGAUUAUUUACUGCGUCCGGAGGAGGAAAUUCAAGGAAGAAGUCAACCAGAUCAGGGUUGACAGCGCUCCUCCGCGGGGAAGAGGUGGGAGGAAAAGCAACCAACGGCCAAAUCAAAACACUCAACGUGGCAAGUAUGACCUUCCAAAGGAGCAGGAAGAGGUCGAGAUGCUCUGCCCAACAAAUCAAGAUUCCAGGAACACGGAGAGCGAGGUCCAGAACAAGGGCUCCACGUCGGUCACUACAAAGGCCAGAGUCCAUUGCGCCCCGGCCAUUCCUUCCUUGGCACAGUCGCAGUGUCGAGCUCAACCACCCACGAGCCUUGUAGUAACAGAGCGAUCUACAUCUCAGCAGGAUGCGGCUCAGUCGGCGCAUGGACCUUCUGAGCGGUGUGGGGACGCUCGUAUCAUAGUGUCGGCCAAGAGUAGAAAAGACCUAGUUCUCUAAGUCCCUGUAGUGGUGAUUCCCGUAAAAGUUCAUUUUGUGUUGUGGAUUCGUCACGACAUUGUUAUAGCCUGCCCUAUUUCUUUCCAGCAGAUAUACGAGGGUUAUGCAGAAAGUAGAUUACGUUUUGGAAUUAAAAAUGAACAAAGUAUAGGAGAAAACAUUUACCAUAUGCAGUGGAAAGCCACACCCAAAUACCACUUCUCAACAUAGUCGCCAUUGAAAUCUAGGUACUUAUCAUAGCAAUGAAUGAGCUUGGCAACUCCUUCCCCACAAAACUCUGCUGCUUGCGUCCUCAAAAAUUAUAGGAGAAAACAUUUACUAUAUGCAGUUGAAAGCCACACCCAAAUACCGCUUCUCAACAUAGUCGCCAUUGAAAUCUAGGUACUUAUCAUAGCAAUGAAUGAGCUUGGAAACUCCUUCCCCACCAAACUCUGCCGCUUGCAUCCUCAACGCAGCGUUUUGGCAACAAUGCGCAGCUGCGGUAAGAGGUGACUGGCUGGUUGAGGACGCAAGUGGCAGAAUUUA